AUGGGAAUCCUCGAUGCAAUUUCGGCGCCGCUGAGCCAGCAGAUCUCGCAGUUCGGGUUGGGCGUUGUGGUUGCGGCGGCCUUUGGAGCCUUCUUGGCCGUGUCUGUCGUCCUUAAUGUGCUGAGCCAGUUGCUGCUCAAGAACCCCAAUGAGCCCCCUGUGGUGUUCCACUGGUUUCCUAUUAUCGGAUCUACGAUCACGUAUGGUAUCGACCCUUACACAUUCUUCUUUGAUAACAAGGCAAAGUACGGCGAUUGCUUUACCUUUAUCCUGCUCGGCAAGAAGACGACUGUGUAUCUUGGGACGAAUGGUAACGAGUUCAUCUUGAAUGGGAAGAUCAAGGAUGUAAAUGCGGAGGAGAUCUACACGGUCUUGACAACACCAGUAUUUGGAAAGGAUGUGGUAUACGACUGCCCGAACUCCAAGCUGAUGGAGCAGAAGAAGUUCAUGAAGAUUGGACUUACCACUGACGCCUUCAAAUCCUACGUCCCUAUCAUUCAAGACGAAGUCGAGACCUUCAUCAAGCGCUCUGCAGCAUUCAAAGGCCAGGCAGGAACUGUGGACAUCCCCGCUCAAAUGGCUGAGAUUACUAUCUAUACCGCUUCUCACUCUCUCCAAGGAAAGGACGUACGCGACCAAUUCGACUCUACAUUCGCCUCUCUCUACCACGACCUCGAUAUGGGCUUCAGCCCAAUCAAUUUCAUGCUUCACUGGGCACCUCUUCCUCACAACCGUGCUCGCGAUCAUGCCCAACGGACAGUUGCAAAGAAAUAUAUGGAAAUCAUGGAACUGCGCCGCAAGGAUAAGAAGAGUCUUGAGAAUAUGGAUAUCAUGUCGCAACUCAUGCGUUCAACCUACAAGAACGGAAUCCCGGUCCCCGAUAUGGAAAUUGCGCAUAUGAUGAUUGCGCUUCUGAUGGCUGGACAACAUUCUUCUUCUUCCUCGAGCUCCUGGAUCAUGUUGCGACUUGCUGCCAGACCAGAUAUUAUGGAAGCGCUUUACCGAGAACAAGUUGAGGUAUUGGGAGCAGAUCUUCCUCCUCUCAGGUAUGAGGAUCUCGCUAAGCUUACGCUGCAUCAAAAUGUCUUGAAGGAGGUCCUAAGACUCCACACUCCUAUUCACUCUAUCAUGCGCAAGGUCAAAUCCCCGAUGCCAGUCCCGGGAACAAAAUUCGUCAUCCCAACCUCUCACGUCCUUCUCGCAUCACCUGGGUGCACCAGCCGUGACGAGAAGCACUUCCCUGAUCCACUGUUAUGGAACCCGUACAGAUGGGAUCCUAAUUCUGGUGGAGUCUUGAAUACCGAAGUCGAGGAAGAGACCUACGACUACGGAUAUGGUCUCAUCAGCAAGGGUGCUAAGAGUCCAUACCUUCCCUUCGGUGCAGGCAGACAUAGAUGUAUUGGUGAACAAUUUGCCAACGUGCAGCUGAUCACCAUCACGGCGGUUAUGGUACGGUACUUCAAGUUCAAGAAUGUCGACAAGAGUGCAAAGGUGGUUGAAACCGACUACACGAGUCUAUUCUCGAGACCUUUGGCCCCUGCGGUUGUCGAGUGGGAGAGGCGCAACUGA